AUGGCCAACCAGCAGGGAGCAUCCAAGCGUGCCGUGGUUACCCCGACGAAGGAAGUGCCGCCGGCUUGUCUGCUCCGCAUCAAGCGAGACAUCACCGAGUUGAACGCGGACCCGCCGCCGGGGAUCUUCAUCGCACCUCAGGAGAACGACAUCACCAAGGUCAACGCCAUCGUGAUGGGUCCUAAGGGUACGCCGCUCGAAGGCGGGUUCUUCCACUUGCACGUGGAAUUCACCGACCGGUACCCGCUGGAACCGCCGAAGGUGCGCUUCCUGACAACGGACGCCGGUAGGGUCCGUUUCAACGAACACGUCUACGCAAGCGGGUACAUCUGCCUCAGCACGCUAAACACACAUGGGUCGUCGUGGAGCCCAGCCCAGUCAUUGAGCAGCCUCCUCAUUUCCAUACAGUCGCUGCUCUCCGAGAUACCCAAGUGCACGGCCCAGGAGGCCAAUGAGCGUUUACAGUCAAUCUUAGAGCACGAGACUGUAAGGGUAGCUGUGUGCGACGUGGUGGAGGCUUGCCUUCAAGAAAAAUCGUCGUUCGCGGAGACUCUAAAGGACGCCGUGCUCGAGAAAUUCCCGGAGUUUUACGACAAGUACGAAGGCAUCGUAAAAUCGCGGCUGCACCUCACGGGAACCAAAAUGAACGACCCAAUGGGCCUCAAUUCAGGCACGUAUAAGUUCGAAGAGCUGCUGACGAAACUUCAAGAACUGAAAGCAAAAGUCGCCGAGAAGAAAGAAGCAGCUGCGGCGAAGGCUGACACGUGA